AUGUCAAGAACUAAUUAUUGGAAGAUCCUUGGGAAAACAAUCAUCAAAUGUUUCUCACGAGAAACCAAACAAUCUCUUUUAAAACAACAACAAUUUUUUCUAAACCCUUCAUUAUUACAACCACCUUUAUUCAAUUACGUUUCAUAUAUUCAAUUCAUUUCCGAAUUUAAAACUAAAAUCUUAAUUACAGACAUAUUGAAAGAUGUUAAUAUUAGGAUGGUGACACAAUAUGAAACGAUCAAACGACUGUUAUUCAAUGAAUGUUGGUCAUUAUUCAUGAAUCAGUGUUUCAAGAUUAAAUCCAUUCGAUCAUCAAACAUUGAACUAUUUUUUAAACAUCCUAGAUCAAAAAAUUCUUUAUCAUCACUUUCCACUCUAGAAUGUUGGCAUUGCUCAAAAGAAAUUCUCGAAUUAUUAAAAAAUGUUCAUACGUUGAAACAUCUUUUAAUCUUUGUGGGUCAAACUAAUGAUAUCGAACCUCUCAUCCUAUCACAAAAAAAUUUAAAGGAAAUAUCAUUUUACUAUGAUUCAAAUGUAGCUCAAUUUCCUUUUAAAAAUCGAAAAACUAUUAAACAUCUUUCUCAAUCUUUAAACAUUCUUAGAUUUGAUCGUGGCAUUUGUUUGUCCUCACCAAUCAUUUCAUCUUUUGUCAAUUUAACCGAAUUGGAAAUCAAUUAUAAAUCAUCAUUUGGUGAGGAAAAUGUUCAAAUCUUGGAAAAAGUUUCUUUGCCACAUCUAGAAAUUCUUUCGUUAAAAAAUGUUAGAGGGGAGUAUUUAGAUAUUUACGCUAAAUUAAUUGAUAAUACGAGAAGUUCACUUAAAGUUAUUGACAUUCGAUGUACGGAUAUUAGUACAUCGAUACCACCACCAUUAGAAUCAAUUAAAUAUUAUCUACAUGUAAUCAAGACGAAAUGUUCAAAGGUUGAAAUCUUACCGAUUUGGUUGAUUUCAAACAUUUCCUUAAAAGAUUUUGAAGAUUUAUUAGCAACUUGUUCAAGGGUUAAAAAAAUCAUCAUUCACAUCUUGAAUACGGUUUCAAAUUCGGAUACGGUAUUAGCUAAGCCAAUUUUUUAUUUAUUGGCCUUAAAAUCAUCCACGUUUUUAAAUGUUAUUCAUUUAAUCGGAAGAUGGAGCUUUUCUAAUUUGGAUCUUCAAGACUUUUUUGAAUUAUGGAAGGAAAUGAAAAGGAAACCUUUAAAAUUUAAUUUCCAUAACAAUAUUUAUUCUCAUUAUAUCAUUAAAGUAUGUGAAUUUUAUCAUCGACUGGGUGUCGUCGAUAGCGGUACUAUCAAUUACACCAAACCAUGUAAAUAUUAUUAA